AUGGGAUAUAAGAUAUAUUCUAACUCUGACUUAGUUCAAACAGUAACAUGGGCAAACUAUGAAUGGUUCGCUUUGAGAAACUCAGUACAACCACAAGCUAGAGAACAAACAGACCAGUAUGCAACUAUUGAGAAAAUAAGAAGACUUGACCCUAACGUUCCAGGAGUUUAUGUUAACCUUUCUGGACAAACUGCAGCAGCAGUAACCAAAGUAAAACUGAAACUUAGAGUUCCUUUGUCAUCUUUCCUCAUCUUCAGGUUUUUAAGAUACUUGCCAAACUGGGCAGGAAAAAUUUCUAUCGAACUUACUCCAAGCAAAAAGAACUUAGUCAUUGCACCAACACAAGACCCAUUCACUAUUACAGACGUAAAGGGAACAAAUCAAACGUCAUUCGCCGAAUUUUGCAAAGACAAAGUUGACUUAGACUUUGGUUUCUCAAACUUCAACAAUGAAGUAAACUAUUAUUUCAAUGCUGCUGGAACUGCUUGGGACCCGGUUAAGUUCACAUGCGAAAAAUUUGAAUGCAAGAGAAUAGAAAGCAGACUUGCAGUCUAUAUGUUGGACCCAGAUAUUUCAAAUGCUUUAGCUGCCAAAUAUAUUGCAGUUCCACUUAUGUUCCCUAUACACCAAAUAUCUGUCAAAGACUUUGCAGGUGAAGUUGGAAACCAAAAUCCAGGAGCCGCAGGUGCAAGAACAGAUAUUGCUUUAACAACUGCAAUGAAACAUGCAGAUACUAUGUUUGUACUGUUCAGACGAACUAUAAAUGACUAUUCUUGUUUCUACAACCCUGGUAUUAAAUAUCAUAUAAACAUAGAAGAGAUAUGGUCGCGAACUUAUUGGAAAGAAUUUAGGUCAGUUCCAUUCCGACUUUGCAGAAAUCACAAAAGAUAA